CCCAGCAACCGCCGAGCAGCGGUGGCCAAUUGACAGCGGAGCUAUCAAACAGACGGAUGCCUUGACCAAUGGUAGUAGGAAGGCGGGCAUGUGCAUGAUUGGCGGCUAGAUUUCGCCAUUGAAAACUAGGGGCGUGGGUGGGCGGAGCCGGAAGUAGAGCCAGACGAGAGGCCCCAGUCCACCAGGGGCGGAGAGAAGGGGGAGGGAACUAGAGGAGGAGGAGGUUAGCCGAGGCUGCUACAGCGGCGGCGGCGGCGGCGCAGGGGCUGGUACGCGCUGGGCUGCGAGAGCCUCAUGGCGGAGGAAGAGAGCGAUCAAGAGGCCGAACGCCUCGGAGAAGAGCUCGUGGCCAUUGUGGAGUCCCCACCAGGCCCUGCGGGGCUUGGAGUUGCGGGCGACUGCAACGACGGCACUGGCGGCAGCAGCUGCGGUGGCGGCGUCGUCGGGAUCAGCAGUCGGGAUUACUGCCGACGCUUCUGUCAGGUGGUUGAAGAUUAUGCUGGAAGAUGGCAAGUCCCUUUGCCACAACUUCAGGUUCUUCAGACUGCACUUUCUUGUUUUACAUCAGCCAGUGCAUCAUUCCCAGAUGAAUGUGAGCACGUACAAUAUGUGUUGAGUAGCCUUGCCUUGAGUUUCUUUGAGUUGCUGCUUUUCUUUGGAAGAGAUGAGUUUUAUGAAGAGCCCUUAAAGGAUAUUCUUGGAUCAUUCCAGGAAUGCCAGAAUCACCUCCGCAGAUAUGGAAAUGUGAAUCUGGAACUGGUGACUCGAAUCAUUAGAGAUGGUGGCCCAUGGGAAGAUCCAGUGUUGCAAGCUGUUCUUAAAGCCCAGCCAGCAUCUCAAGAGAUAGUGAACAAAUACUUAAGUUCGGAAAAUCCACUGUUCUUUGAACUACGUGCCAGAUACCUAAUUGCUUGUGAACGCAUACCCGAAGCAAUGGCUCUUAUUAAAUCUUGUAUAAAUCACCCAGAAAUCAGCAAAGAUUUGUAUUUCCAUCAAGCACUCUUCACAUGUCUAUUUAUGUCACCUGUAGAAGAACAGCUAUUCCGGGAGCAUUUAUUGAAAACUGAUUGUAAGAGUGGAAUUGAUAUCAUCUGUAACACUGAAAAAGAAGGCAAGACUAUGUUAGCCUUGCAACUCUGUGAAUCUUUUCUUAUUUCACAGCUCCAGAAUGGGGAUAUGUAUUGUAUCUGGUAAGUGUUCCUAAUAUAGAAAUUAAAGUAAGACGGGGAACAGAAAAAUUGGUUAGCAGAGUUUGGACUUUAUAUAUUUUUUAAAAGUUAUGUGAAAAUGUUAAGCAAGAAGCAAUGAUGCCUAAA